AUGUGUAGAGUCCUUAUUGAUUUUGGAGCGACUCAAUCUUAUAUUGCUAUGAAUAUGAUUGAUAAAUUGAGUAUGCCUUGUAAACUGUUUGAACAUAGUUUUAGUACAAUGUUACUGUUAGGGGACAUGAUGUUGUCAACUAGGCGGUUACAAUCAGCAACUAAUGCAAUAGAGCAUAGGGAGUGCCCAACAGAUCUUAUAGAAUUAAACAUACUAUACUAUGAUGCCAUACUUGGCAUGGAUUUGUUAUCCAAACAUGGAACGACGAUUGACUGUCAGAAAAAGACCGUGGAGUUCAGAUCAGAAGAAGGAGAACUCUUUUAUUUUAAGGGAGAAGUAGUGGGUUUUCGUACACCCAUAAUAUCAGCAUUGGAAGCACGGAAUAAGAUGAAGCAUGGGUGUUCGGCAUAUCUGGCUAGUGUGGUGGAUAAAUUCAAGGAGACAGUGUUGAAACCAGAGAAUGUUCAUAUCGUUUGUGAGCUUCCGAAACUGUUUCCAUAG